AUGAGAACAGAAUGUCAGUCGGUACAACGACACAAUCGGGCCAGAGCCGGACUGUCCAACUCUUCUGUGAGUUCCGUCGUCUGUGUUCCAUCUGCCUGUAUUCCAGGCAGCAGUGAAAGAACCCAGGACAACGCGUUCCCAGUCAGCGCCUUCAAUCUGCAGCACAAUCCUCCUUCCAUCCCCAACCCAGAACCCUGUCCCCGCCCGAGCCACUCACCAACAAGCCACCAGCUGGACCGCGAAACCCCCGGAAGCCGCGCUGGGGGCAGCAAACUGAACCCGAGAGGGCGGCCCCGCGGGCAGCGCGGAGCCCCAGCCGGGUCCUUAUCAGCGGCGGGCAGGAGCUCGUCGCGGCACGAGGGUGGGGUGCCGGUGCGCGCAGAGAUCAACGCCCACACGCGCCGCGCCGGCUCUGCGGCCGGGAGAGAGGCCGCCGCCUGCAGGGCGGAGACUGCGGGGCGGGCGCCCAGCGCCGGCGGUGCACGACCCUCGGCCUUCCGCAGGGCCGACCGCUCUUCCGUCCGGCGGCCGCAACUGGGUCGGCCGCCAGACAGGCUCGCCCAUUCCCGACACCCACCAACGUCGGGCGGGGGUCUCGGCCCCGCCCCCACCCCCCGAGGGGCCCCAGCUGGAGAGCCCACGCCCCCGACGCCACGCCCCCCGAGGCGCCAGCCCCUCUGCGGGGGCUUAGCACGCUGCGCCCAGAAGUGGGGUGGGAGACGGCUAACUAAGGGAGAUGUCCUUGUAAUUGCAACGAAAGUGGGGUGUCUUGCGGCUCGCAGACACCCGGUCUGCGGCGGCCGCGCGCUCCCACCCCACCCCGAGCCUCCGCCGCGACAUCUUCCCACGUCCCCCGUCCGGGUCGCAGGCGCGGGGGAAAAGCCUCACGGUCGCACUGCGGCUCUGCCAAAAGGGAGCCGGGACGAGCCGGUGAGAGAAAAACGGGGGAGACUCCUGGCGUUUGAAACCGAUCAGAACCCGCUCUCCAAGAGCUGGGGACACCCCUUGUCUGGAGGCUGAUCCCCAGCCCACCCGCUUCCUCCCCCUCCCCACACUCCUCCAGGCGCGGGGCGCAACUUGUAACCCGAACUUCGCGCAGCCGGAGCAAGUGUGUCGGGGCGAGAAGCGCCUAGUCCUCCGUCCGCACCACCGCACUGGGUCCCCGCCACCGCCACACCACUAUCUCAGGGGCCAGGCGUGGCCCCCGGCUGGCUAGGGAGCCGAGCGCGGCGCCGCGGCUGCGCAUUCUGUGCGGGACGCCGCUGUCUCCCACGGGCGGGGAUAAACUAGGGGGCGGUUGAUCUGAAAUUCUUAGCCACGGCUAAUAGUCAAUCACCCAAGUGCGACCCGUGGCAGCCCGGCAGUGCAGCUCGUUCUCCAGACGCGGGUCCACACCGGCGCAUCCUCGCCUCCAGAGACCGAUCGCAGUCCUCCGCGGCCGGUGACUUGGGCCGCCAAGCAGUGAGAAGCAUGUAGUCAAAGAAAACAUCCCGGGCAAACCGGCUGACCGAAAAUCCACUGCCGGGGUAGGGAGGCGCCCUCUACGGGGAUGAAGUCAUCGCUACCUUUGACUCUUUGAUUCUAGAUAAUCGACCAAGACUUUUCCAGCCUAAUGCCUGAUGCCUUUCGCUUCCUCCACCCUGGUCCUCAGUCCCUGAACUCCCAGGACGGAAUGCCUGGCCUCCAUAUGCAAGCCUUGGAUCGAGAAAGAGAAACUAUUAGUGUAAACAAACUCAUCAACAAAAACCAGAACUGUGCCUGCCAAUAGCCCAUUUCUUGGCCAUUGAUCCGAGCAUGAAGAGAAGUGGAUCCAACUAAGAGAACCUUAAAAUCUUAAAGAAUAAGAAAAUGUAAUAAAGAGAAAGAUAAUGUCAUGCUCAGGGAGCUAAUAUUAAUCCCAAAAGGAAUAUUGACUGUUCAGGCUCAAGUUAAAUUACAGCAGAUCGAAAGAGAGGAGUGGAGUGGCAUCUUCUUUUCUCUUACUGUCGACCUUGUUAAAUGGGGACUCCACACUCCCUGCCUACUCCUCCCUCCUCAGCCCCAUGACAGUGGCAUCCCCGCAACUGUAUUGAGCAUGCGCUCUAAAAACAGUUACUUUUUGAGAAGUCAAGUCUGGUGACCCAUCCUCAGCCCCUCGUCCCUUUGAUCUCCUUGGCAGCAUCCUACCCUAAGGCCUUCUCUAUGCUUCUCUGGCCUUCUCUGCUGACCCUUCUCUUCCUUUGAGGACAGUAACAAGGUUCUUCCAACUCUUGAUCUCCCAUUAUCCCAUAGAAAUACCUUCUGAUUUCAAAUUGAACCCAUCCAGAUGUCGUGGGGCCUGAAGCUUGCAUAACUCCUCGGGGAGCUUCUUAAAGGAAAGCAAUAAAAACUUACAAA